AUGCAGAGGGCCCAGGAGACUGGGUCCGCUGGAUCGAGCGACGCAGGCCAAGGCAACAUGGCGACGGCUACUCCUGCCAGCGCCAGCUCUCCUGCCGGUCCUGCCGGUCCGUCAGGAUCGGUUCUCGGGCCGAGAAGCGCGCCGACGCAGAGCCAGGCUGAACUGAAGGAGCGACGACAGCACCUGACGCGGCUUCAGAUGCAGCAGCAGCAGCAGCAGCAGCGCAAGGGGCAAGAGGGAGCGUCAAAGAACGGAUCGGAGGAAGGGCAGAACGGCCGCCACGAGGGAGGAGAGGACGGAGCGGAGGGGAGGGACACACGGGAUGGAACGGAGACAGGACAUGACGGCGAUUCCGGCGAUCAGGGGAUGGCGAAGGAUGGCGAAAAGCAGCAGCACGAAAAGCAGGUUAUUGGAAGUGCGCAAAGUCCCUUGGGGGGGAAUGGUGGCGCUCAGGGGGAGAAUGCGCAGGAAGGGAAGGGUGGCACGGAGGGUGACGCGCAGGAGGGGGAAGGUGGAGCGGAUAACGAGAAGAAUGAGGGGGGAAACGGGGAGGAGGGGGGUUCUGGAGGAGAGGCGCCGGCGGAUGGCGACGGCAUGCUUGAUGCGGGCUCUCCCGGCCAGCAGGAGGAAGGGGAGCAGCAGCAGCAGCAGCAGCAGCAGCAGCAGCAGCAGAAUGCAAGGACUGGAGGGUCUGGAGGAGGGUCAGCACCACAGGGUACAACCAGGGAAGGUUUACGUGGCGCUGGUGCGGAGGCUAUGGUAACAGAUGAGGGGGUGGGAGAGCUCGCGCAAGCAGCAGGGAUAGGCGGGGUAGGAGGGGUAGGAGGGCGAGGAGCAGCAGCAGGAGCAGUAGGAGUAGGAGUGGGGGCAGGAGGAGCAGGAGUAGGAGGAGGGCUACAAGGUGGUGUGGGCGGGGAUAAUGGGGGUGAGCGCGAGGGGGAAGGGGCGUGCAGUGCAGGGGGGGAGGAGGCAGCGGCAGCGGCAGCGGCAGCAGCAGCAGCAGCAGCAGCAGCGAUGGGGAUGCCGGUGGUGGUGGACGUGUCACCAGAGGAUGGCGUGCUGCCUGCUGUGGGCGGGUCGGCCAACGUGGAUGGGUGUGUGCGCAAGCUAAUGGAGUUCAUGUACCACCAGAGGCGCCGCCCUGCCGACAACAACGUGGAGUUCUGGCGGCAGUUCGUGUCACAGUAUUUCGCCCCGAACGCCCGCAAGCGCUGGUGUGUUGCCUCCUACAGCAGGAGCGGCCGCCAGCCCGCCGGUGUCUUCCCUCAGGACAUCUGGCCCUGCGACCUCUGUGGGGCUAGUCCUGGCCGCGGCUUUGAAAUGACCAUGGGGGUUUUGCCGCGUCUAUUCAAGAUAAAGUACGACAGCGGCGUGCUGGAGGAGGUGCUGUACGCGGACCUACCGGCGGAGUACAUGCUGCCAGGUGGCGCCGUGGUAUUGGAGUACGACCACGCCAUCCAGGAGAGCCUGUUUGAGCAGCUGAGGGUGGUGCGCAAGGGCAAGCUCAAGAUCGUCUUCAACUCCGACCUCAAGAUCACGCUGUGGGAGUUCUGCACACAGAACCACGAGGAGCUCGUGCCACGACGCCUCGUGCUGCAGCAGGUGAGUCGCCUGGCGGAUCUCGCAUUCAAGUUUCAAAACCACCUCCCGGGAUCCCUCACGCCCAACCAGCUCCACUCACACUGCGCCACUUUCGCCACCAUGUGCCGCGAGUUGACUCACAAGCUGGACGCGCCAACAGUCAACGACCUGGGCUUCACCAAGUGCUACGUGCGCUGCCUGCAGAUAUCAGAGGUGGUGAACAGCAUGAAGGAUCUGGUGAACUACAGCCGAGAGCAGAACAUCGGACCCAUCGGUAGUCUCGCCACGUUUUCUCGCUACGCCAUGCCCCUUCCCAUGCCCCCUCCCUUCCCAUCCACCCUUCUCAUCCCCCUGUACCAUUCCCCCUUUCCAUCCCCAACCUGUGCGUCCCUUCCCAUGUUCCCAUCCCUUGCUCCCUUUUUUUCCCUACCCUCCUGGACCCACGACCCUGCAGAGAGCCUCAACUCCUUUCCGCGCCUCAAGCCCACGCCCCCCUCGCCAUGCGCCUCCGACCACUCGAUUCAGCAGCACGGCUUGCAGCAGCCGGGCUUGCUGCCUCUGCAGCAGAUGCGCAUGCAGGCACAGCAGCAGCAGCAACAGGGGCAACAGGGGCAGGGGGGGCAACAGGGAGGAGGGGAGCUCGGUCUGGUUACUGAGCAUGUGGUGGGACAGCAGGGGCAGCAGCAGCAACAGCAUUCUAUUGGGCAGCAGCAGCAGCAGCAGCAGGAGGAGGGAGGGAGCCCGCAGCCGCAGGGCAUGGGGCAGGCGAGGGAGGAGAUGCGAGCCGUCACACCCACCUCACAGCUCAUGGCCGAGGGUGGGGGGGGAGCAGGAGGAAUGGGGGGAAGGGCAGGGGGUAUGGGCGGAAUGGGAGGGGGUCAGCAGCACCAGGGGAUGCAGCAUGGGGGGCAGGGGCAGGGGCAGGGGCAGGGGCAGGGGCAGGGUUUGCCGCCUCUGCCUCCCCCUCAGCAGAGAAACCUUCCCCCGAGGUCGCCCCUGCAACACCUGCAGCAGCAGCUACUGCAGCAGCAGCAACAACAGCAACAGCAACAGCAACAGCAGCAGCAACAGCAGCAGCAGCAGCAGCAGCAGCAGCAGCAGCAGCAGCAGCAGCAGCAGGAGGUGCAGAGUUCCUUAUCCCCCGGCACAGGGGCAGCAGCAGGAGCGGGAGGGGGGGGGGGAGGAGGAGCACACGGCUUUGGAGCACAGAACAUGGUAGCAGGCCAGGGGUCAGGGGCGGCAACAGUGGCAGCAGCAGCUGCCGCCCUGCGAAUGAGCAGUGCCGCCCAGAUCUCCGCCCUCAUGGGGGGAAUGUCUAGAGCGGACAGCACAGGGGAGAGGGAGGCUGGGGGUAUGCAUGCUGACGGUGCUGCUGGGGGAGGGGCGGUAGGAGCUGCAGGGGUGGGAGGAAUGGGAGGAGUGGGAGGAGUGGGGGAGGGAGGGGGAGCAGGUGGAGCAGGUGGGGGAGGGGGAGGAGGAGGGGGAGGGGGAGCAGCAGCAGCAGCUGGCAGCACAGCGGGCGCGCCUCUGGGUCCCCCAAGGCUGAGACACUCGUCUUCUGUCAACUCCCUGUCUGGAUCCGUGGGAGGGGCUAUGGCGGGCAUGGGGGGAGGGAUGGGCGCGGGCAUGGGCGGAAUGGGGGGCGCAGGGGGCGCAGGAGGCACAGGGGGAGGAGGGAGGGGGAUGGGCGGGUUCACCCGCGCUGGCAGUGUAGGGGGGAGCAUGGGCGGGAGUAUGGGCGGGCCUGGGGGCAGGGUGAUGGGAUCAGCUGCUGCAGCUGCAGCAGCAGGGGGGUUUGGCAUGGGGAGGAACCAAGAGCUCGAGGCUAUGGGAGCUGAAAGUCUCGCUGCUGGUGCUGGUGGUGCUGGUGCGGGAAUGGAUGGGGCAGCAGCAGCUGGGCAGGGGGCUGUGGGCGAGUUUGCAGCACUCAUGUCUCCUCCCGUGUCUCACCAGGAAGCUUCCUGGCAGCAGGCCGUUGCUGCGUCUGCAGCAGCAGCAGGGGGGGGUGGAGGUGGGGACGGUGGCCCUGGUGGGGGGGGAAUGGGAGCAGGGGGGAGGACGAAUGGGGGGGUGAUGGCGAGAGCAGGGAGCUAUGGGGCAGGCGGGGCUGCAUCUUCAAUGAGUGGCGGGGGCGGUGGCGGUGGUGGUGCUGGUAUGGGUGGUGGAGGGGGAGUGGCAGGAGGAGCAGGAGUAGGAGGAGGGGGGAUGACUUUGAGUGGGCUCCAGAGCAUGCUGCAGCAGAGUGCAGGUGCUGGGGGCGCCGCCGCUGCUGCCUCCGCUUCUGCUGCCGCUGGUGGUGCUGCUGCUGGGGGGGCUGGUCUUGCCGGUGCUGGCACUGCUGCUAGCAUGGCAGCAGCGGCGGCGGCGGCAGGGAUGCUGAGAGAAGGAGCGGCGGAAGGGGGGAUGGGAGGAGGCAUGGGCUCGCAUGGGGGUGUGGGGGCAGGACUAGGAGGUCUGGGAGGGGGGGUGGGUGGAGCAGGGGGAGGUGGGCCUGGGGGAGGUGUAUCUGCGAUGGGUCCUGCUGGGAGCAGAGUGGCUGCCAUGGCUGCUCGGCUCAGAAGCAUGGGGGUUACCAACCUGGCUGGGUUGGGAAUGGUGGGAAGCGGUGCUGGUGUUGGUGCUGGCGGUGCUGCUGGUGUGGGGGGUGUGGGAGGAGCAGGGGUAAUGGGCGGGGGGGAUAUGCUGCCUGACGGGAUGGGAGGAGCAGCAGGGGGUAUGGUUCGGGCUGCUGGUAACUUUGCAGGUCUGGCUUCUGCUGCAGGCUUGGCCGGACCUUCGGGCGGAGGCGUGGGAGGAGGUUUGGGAGGGACGAGAGGGGCGGCGUUGGCUGAGCGAUUGGCGAGUCUAGGAGCCAACAUUGCCGACCUGGGGAGGUUUGAGAAUGUGAUGGAUGGCGGCGCUGGUGGUGGUGUUGGUGGUGUUGCAGGUUUGAUGGAUUCAGGUGUGUCUAUGCCUAAUUCUGCUCUCAUCGGUGGGGGUGGGGGUAUGGGUGAUGUUGGCGCUGGUGGGUUCAGAGGUGGAUUGGGAGCCGCAGGUAUGGUUGGCGGGAAUGUAGGCUUGGUGGGAGGCUUGGGGUCGCUCGACCGGCUUGCAGCGGCAGGUUUGGUUGGUGGAGGUGCGGGGAAUCUAGGUAUGGGAGCAGCAGGGGUGGGCGGUUCUGCUGCUGUGGCAGCAGGAGCACUGCAAGCAGGGCUGCAGAUGCAAGAGCAAGUGGGAAUGGGGCAUGAGGGGAUGAUGGGGGGUGGAGGGGGCGGAGGUGUAGGGGGAGGUUUCAGCAACCUUGGGAAUCUACAGUUCAACUGGAACAGAUGA